AUGUCCAAUGCAAAAGCCCCUUACCAGGCCCUCUCAGAUGACAACCGUGGGCCACUCAUCACUCUUGUCUCUGUUACUCUUCUCAUCGUUACGUUCAUCUUUAUUGCCGCAAAACUGGGAUCAGUGAUAUACUUCAAGCAACGGCGGCCAGCAGUCAAUACUCCCAUCUGGGUGGCUCUAAUACUGUCAAUCGUCCAGGUGGUGCUCAUGCAAAAGUCCAUCCAACAUGGAUUGGGAAGACAUAUACAGACGCUCACGUCGGCCGAGAUACGUCAAUCCAGCAAAUUCUAUUACGCCGCCCAGCUCAUCCACAUCGUCAUUCUGUCACUCUCAAAGCUCUCAACCACACUCCUCCUCCGGACCCUAACCCCAAGCAAAGGCAUCCGCCAAAGCUGCACCAUCACCGUCGGCCUCAUAGGCGCCUGGACAGCAUUCGCGUUCUUCGGAAUCGCCUUCCAAUGCCCCCUCCCAGAGCCCUGGCUCUACACGCCCGAAAGAUGCACUGGGCCAAUGCUCUACCCAAUCUCGACAUUCCACAUCCUCACCGAGCUAAUCAUACUCGCAAUCCCCUUCAUCAUGAUGCGCAACGUGCAAAUAACACCAGCCCGAAGAAUGAAAAUCCUCUGCUCCUUCUCAGCCCGGAUCAAGCACGGUCAUCGGCCUCGCAAUCGCCCAUCUAGCCCUCCUGCCCCCGUUCCUCGGCUCACCAGAUACAACAUGUCCGUUCCCCGGCCUCUAUGUACCAUCAACCAAAAAUCUAAUGGAAAAUAUACAGGGACAAUCAUCAACCCAACAAUCUGCGCCCAAGCCAUGAUGUGCGUCACCGUCAUCAUCGCCUGUCUGCCAACCCUCUAUCAUAUAUUCGCUGGCUUCCACUCCGGUCUUCUUACGACUCGACUGCCGGAUGAAGUGGAGCUCGGCCAUCCCGACCGAAGUGUCUAUCAUACAAGUCGUAGGACUAAAUGUAGCUUUUAUACGGAUACCGCGCGCUUGAGUAAUAUGACGCCGUCGGUGGUUACGGAUAUUACUUCUUCGCGGAGGAAUCGGGAGAGGGCGGGUGAGAGUACGGAGAGUUUGGGGCGUUUGACGCGGGUUUCGACUCGCGAGGGCGUGCUUAGGACGGUGGAUAUUACGGUGGAGGUGCAGGAGCAGGUGAGGAGGUGA